ACCACAAAAAAAAAACAAAAAAUUCAGAACGAAUUUCAUUAAAUUGCUAGAACAGAAAGCAGCGACAACUAUUCCAACCAAAAACAGGUACCAAGUAAUUAGUGACACAGAAAGUGAUUCAGAAAAUGAACCGAAGUCAAAAAACACACUACGAAAGGAAAAGCCAUCCUAAAUAUACCAAUAAAGGGAAACUCUACAAUACAAAAACAAAAUGGAGAAAAAGACUGAAAAAACAAACCAAAAUCGAAAGACAACAUCCCCCUAUAGUGAUAGACACCAGCACAGAAUAUCACAGUAAUCUCUCAAGACACCACACCAUACAUAUACCAGUAAAGCGGACUAAACCCACGCCUUAGUACUCCGAGGAAUGGCUAAGGGUACUGAGAAAAACCUAAUAGUAGAAGACCUCAGGGAAACUUAUCAAAUCGAAGUAAAAGAAAUCUUUCUAAUGUCCACAAAAUUUAGACCCAUGUACCUUAUCGUAACAGACCCAGCAAUAACCCUGGAAUACCUUAACAAAACCGGCAGGGUUAUUGAAAAUACCCGAGUAACCUGGGAACAAAUAAUUCAGUGCCACAGGUGCCAAGCGUGGGGCCACGCGACAGCAAAUAGUGGCCGUCCCCCGAAGUGCGCAGGAGACCACCUUACUAAUACCUGUGUAAAAACCAGGGAAACACCCGCUACAUGCGCUAACUGCCACGGGGACUACCCAGCAAACUACACAAAAUGCGAGGCAUACUUAGAAAGGGCCUCGAGGCUUGAAGAAAGAAGACUUUAUAUCAUUAUUAAAAAAGAACUGACUUUCAAAGGAAUCCCUAAAAUCAAUAUAUCGGAUAAUUUCGAGCACAUCAUUAUAGAGCCCACCGGGCCUCCUAUAAUAUUCCACCCAUCACCCACAAGAGGAUUCAGCACUGAAUAUACGAGAAAGUUCAAGAACAAAUGCCGGCUUAAACACUCUCAAUACGACAGAAUAUUUAAACUGACGUCGCCCAAGUCGGUUAAAGCCAAAAUAAAGCGUACUGGACAAAAAUAUGUGAGUACCAACACAUUAGAGUUGUUUCAAGAUUCCGAUAACGAAACAAGAGAAUCCAAAGCCCCCCAUGCCGAAUUUCCCAAAAUUCGACCUUCAAACGACCCUCAAACAACUAGAGAGACAGUGAAUACAGAAAAUAUCGCAAAAGGGGACACAAACGCCACAAGAAAGCUCUCAGUGGCUGACUCGGGAGACUCUAUUGAAUACCACGACAGUGUAGAAAGUCUAAAUGACACCUAA